AUGGAAGAUGGACCGGUUGUCGAAACGAAGCUGGGGCAACUUAAAGGAGGGGUACAAACCGUCUCCGGAAAAACAGUUCAAGUUUAUUUUGGGAUUCCAUACGCAAAGCCGCCUAUUGAUCACCUUCGCUUCCGCAGACCACUACCUUCAAAGCCAUGGUCCGGUACCCAUGAUGCCACCGAAAAGAAGUUUUCCUGCCCUCAACAAUUCUACCCAUUGCUGUUCGACAUUGAAACGGACCUAUCCGAAGAUUGCCUCUACCUGAAUGUGUGGACACCCAGUACAGUGAGACCGACGCGACCGGUCGUAGUAUGGAUUCACGGAGGAGCCUUCGCCUUCGGCAGUUCUUACCAGAGCUGGUACAACGGAUCUCUGCUGGCAGUAAUGCAUGACUUGGUGGUCGUGACCAUCAAUUACCGCCUCGGUAUGUUCGGUUUUCUCGACGCCGGAGUUCCUGACGCUCCUGGUAACGUUGGUCUCCUGGACCAAAGACUAGCUCUGCAAUGGGUACGAGAAAAUAUCCACGCAUUUGGCGGGAACCCGACGAGCGUGACCAUUUUCGGCGAAAGCGCCGGCGCUUACAGCGUGCACGCCCACAUCAUAUCUCCCCUGAGCAGGGGCCUCUUCCACAGAGCGUUCAAGAUGAGCGGUACAUACGAUUCCAUCGGGCUGCUGAGCACCUUUCAUGGAAGUGCAGACCAAGGAAGUCAGGUGGCUGCGAGACUUAUAUGCACGGCACCGUUCCUCGACCUGACUAGCCAUCCGGACAUUGUAUUAGAAUGCCUACGCAGCAAGUCGACGGAUGCACUAUUCGCUGCUGUGAGGAACGUUACUGACCCUAAACUUGCUUCGUUCGUCCCGACCUAUCCGAACGAGUUCUUUCCAGUUCGACCAGUUUUGGCACUGAGGCAGGGUAGGUUCGCGGACGUCGACGCCAUGGUUAGUGUCACGCGUUCGGAAGGCACCGUCAUUGUGACAUCGCAGCCAGACAAACGUUUCUGGGACGAAGAUUUGAGCAAUGUUUCGGUGGAGGAACUGAAGCCAGCUCUUCGAGAAAUGGUAGUCACGUGGAUGGGAGACAAGUACAUUAAUCUCGUGGAGUAUUACGCGGCACAGGCGGUACAGGGUAACAAACAGGAGUUAAGGGAGAUGUACACCGAGUUUUUUGGUGACUUUUGCUUUGUGUGCCCCAUGAAAUAUUUUGGCCAGAAACACUCGGGAAAAGGAAACUCGGUCUACUCAUUUGUAUUCGGCCACAGGUCCGCCAAGUCGACGUUGCCGAUGUGGAGUGGCGUCCCCCACCUGGCGGACGUUCCAUAUUAUUUCGUUUUUUUCAAUCGUUGA